AUGGCUCUCGUACGGGACCCGUUCUUCUGGAAACGCUUCUCCGCGGCAGUCCAUCUCGAUGAAGAGGCCAACGGUGGCCAAGCGGGCCCUAAACCGCAAGUGACAGCGCCCACAUCCGACAAAGAAUCAUGGCUGUCACGCCAACAACAGAAGCGCAGGCGCUCCUUCGUCUACGGCUUUGUGAUUUUGUGCUGUGUGGUGUUUGUGAUUAUCGGCGCGGUGGUGGUGUGGUGGCUGAGCCAGCACAAUUGGCUUCAGAAUGCUGUUCUUCCACCCGAAUAUCUCGCAUGGACCUACCGCAAUGGGGAUAAUGCCAUCCCGCGGUUCCCACAGGAGAGUCACCUGGUUGACGUUGCUGGCCUGCGGUCAGCGGCGAUGGAAUGA